GUUUGAGCAGGGCUCUGUGUGCGCAGCUGAAACUAGGCUUCCUCAGUGAAGUAGACGAAUAGAGAGCGACGGAGAUAUUAACGGUUUUCUCUUCCCGUUCUCUUGUCAGUACAAAACUUUAAUCUUGACAAAUGUGAGCUAGACAACUUUACAUUUUCUACGUUUCUGGACGUAACGUGUUGCCUACUUUGGAGUGCUUUGUUUUCACAGUCGAAGAAAGGUCGAACGCGCCGCGCAACAACUGUAGGCAGCGUUGGAUUAUUCCCGUGGUGGAAUAUUUUGGUGGACAGUCACCGUCCUACACAUUGCAUAGGGGAUAUUCAAAACAUUUAGAAGUUGCGAGUAGUGUCACAUUUCUCCGUGACUUUUAGGUAUGCCUGUGGUUGUCAGCGCGUCUCCGGACAGGUAACUGGGUGUGUUGCUGGUGCCAUGGCAACGCCAGAGCUGCGGCUGUUUCCUGUCAUUGUGGUUACCGUCAUCCUGGUGGCGUUGUCGGCUGCGGAUGACCACGACUGGCACUUUAAACCAGCUCAGUGUCGUUAUGCCCUGGGGAUGGAGGAUGGCACCAUCCCUGACUCUGACAUCACGGCUUCCAGCGCCUGGUCAGACUCUACUGAGGCCAAACACGGCAGGUUGAGUAAAGGAGAGGGGGAUGGUGCGUGGUGUCCUGCAGGAGCAGUGUUCCCCAGUGCUUCAGAGUACCUCCAGGUGGACCUGCGCUCGCUGCACUUUCUGGCUCUGGUGGGUACCCAGGGUCGCCAUGCCGACGGGCACGGCCGGGAGUUUGCCCGCAGCUACCGGCUCCGUUACUCCCGAGACGGACGCACCUGGAUCACCUGGAAGGACCGCUGGGGGCAGGAGGUGGUGUCUGGGAAUGAGAACACCUAUGAUGUGGUUCUGAAGGACCUGGGUCCACCCAUUGUUGCCCGCUAUGUCCGCUUCUACCCCCUGGCAGACCGGGUCAUGAGCGUCUGUCUACGAGUUGAGCUCUAUGGCUGUCUGUGGAACGAUGGCCUGUUGAUGUACACAGCUCCAGUGGGUCAUGUGAUGCACCUGUCUGGCUCACCUGUGUACCUCAACGAUUCCACCUACGAUGGCAGCAUAGAGUCAGGGGUUCAGUUCGGAGGCCUGGGCCAGCUGUUUGACGGUGUGUUAGGAGGGAAUGACUUCACAGAGACCAAGGAGCUGAGGGUGUGGCCGGGGUAUGACUACCUGGGCUGGAGCAGAGAGGCUCUCGGGCAAGGCAGUGUUGACAUCGAGUUCCACUUCGAAAAGACACGCAACUUUCACACCAUGCAGGUCCACAGUAAUAACCACCACACCCAGGGUGUGAGGGUCUUCAGUAAGGUAGAGUGUCAGUUUAAACCUGGCCUCUUACUCCCCUGGUCCUCGCCCCCCCUCUCCCUGGCUGUACCUCUAGAGGACCUGAAGGACCCCUCCUCACGCCCCAUCUCGCUGCCCCUGGGGGGUCGCCCCGCCCAGAUCUUACGCUGCCAGUUUGCCUUUGCAGACCGAUGGAUGCUCAUCUCUGAGAUCUCCUUCUACUCCGAGCCGUAUGGGGAGGGUGUCGACCCCAUGGACACGGGCUCUGCUCUUCCUGCUCCUCCGGUCUCCUCCGCUACUCCUCCUCCUCCUGUCUUCCCCUCCUCCGUCAGCCCCGCCCUCAACCACAACUUCACUAGCGUUCCCUCAGAACCCCCCACCACCAACCCCAUGAUGGACAGCACGGGUAACAGCACACUGUCAGGGGCCGACUUCGAUGCCAUGACCCCGAGGGCGGGCCUUCCUGUCGCCAAGGACGACAGCAGUAACACAGCCAUCCUGAUUGGCUGCCUGGUGGGCAUCAUCCUGCUGCUAUUAGCUGUGAUCGCUGUCAUUCUGUGGAGGCAAUACUGGAAGAAGAUACUGGGCAAGGCCCAGGGCAGUCUGUCCAGUGACGAGUUGCGUGUCCAUCUAUCCGUCCCCUCGGACAACGUGGUGAUCAACAACACACACAGCUACUCCAGCCGCUACCAGCGUAUACACACAUUCCCUGACGACAGGGACAGGGAGCGCUGUGACGGAGAGGGAGAGUACCAGGAGCCCAGCGCACUGCUCCGACCACGAGACAGCAACGAUCAGAGGCAGCAUGGCUCAGGCUCCUCGUGGCCCCUAACCGUCCCUUUGGCCAGGGCCAGCUCCUCCCACCCUCAGGAGAAGAGCCUCAAUAAUGGGGCCCAGGCCUGUGGUAUGGACUUGGAGAAGUGCUUGCCCCCCACCCAGGAGGAGCCUCCCCCAUACCCCGAUGCCCCUCCCUACCCGGCCCUGUCUCCCCCCUUCCCCGCCAGCGUGCCCCACUAUGCAGAGGCAGACAUCGUUAGCCUGCAGGGCGUCAGUGGUAACAACACGUAUGCAGUGCCAGCCCUGACCUCCCCCAGCCCCACUGCAGCAGACUGCACCCCCCUGCCUGAACUGCCCCGACACUGUCUGGUCUUCAAGGAGAAACUGGGAGAAGGACAGUUUGGAGAGGUGCACCUGUGUGAGAUAGAGAGCCCUCAGGACCUGCCUAACCUGGAGUUCCCUUUCAACGUGAGGAAAGGACGCCCUCUGCUGGUGGCUGUUAAGAUACUGCGCCCUGACGCCUCCAAGAAUGCCAGGAAUGACUUCCUAAAGGAGGGGAAGAUUCUAUCUCGUUUGAAGGACCCCAACAUCAUCAGUCUGUUGGGAGUGUGUGUGAGCAGUGACCCUCUCUGUAUGGUCACAGAGUACAUGGAGAGUGGGGACCUCAACCAGUACCUCUCACACAGAGUCCUGCUGGACAAGACCGGACCCACACACAACACCCCCACCAUCAGUUACCCUGCUCUGAUCGCCAUGGCCAGUCAGAUAGCUUCAGGGAUGAAGUUUCUGUCGUCUCUGAACUUUGUGCACCGUGACCUGGCCACAAGAAACUGCCUGGUGGGGGGUGAGAAGGGCGAGAGCGGGGGCGACCGGGGCGGGGAGCGACCCAUCAAGAUCGCCGACUUUGGGAUGAGCAGAAACCUGUACGCUGGAGACUACUACCGCAUCCAGGGGCGGGCCGUGCUGCCUAUACGAUGGAUGGCCUGGGAGUGUAUACUGAUGGGGAAGUUCACCACAGCCAGUGACGUGUGGGCGUUUGGUGUGACUCUGUGGGAGAUGCUGAGUGUGUGUCAGGAGCAACCCUACUCCAACCUGACUGAUGAACAGGUCAUAGACAACGCCGGAGAGUUCUUCAGGGACCACGGAAGACAGGUGUAUCUGAGCAGGCCAGAUGUGUGUCCUCAGGGUCUCUAUGACCUCAUGCUGAGCUGCUGGAACCGGGACUGCAAGCUCCGCCCAUCAUUUGCCCACAUUCACUCCUUCCUCACAGAGGAUGCCAUGAACAUGGUGUAGAGAGAGAGAGGAAUUUAAGAGUGAGAUGGAGAGAGAGGGAUUAGAGACGGCUCCUCCUACCUCCAUUCCUCCAUUCAUCAUAGAGAUGAGUGCUUUGAGCGAGGGAUGUGUGUAGAAGUGGUGGAGGUGUAGAGGGAGAGGUGUGCAGUAGAGGGACGGGUGCCUGCUUGUAUAUUUUGUAUCUCUCUAUGAUGGGCGGAUGGGGCUGAGACACCGCUGGUUCGGUUUUCACUCCCACAAGACAGACCCCAACCCAAACCCAUUUCACCCCCCUGAGUAGUCUCUAGAGCGUCUUGAUAAGAAUGUAACACAACACAAUGGUUAGUGCGGUGGUGGGUUGGUGUCUGAUUCUGCAUAGUGCUUCCAGGACCACCGAUGGUCUGUCAAUGGUCUGCUAGCGAACACAGGGAAGCUGUAAGACGUAUGGGGAGGCGAUGUGACAAUGCUUGGUAAUGUAGAUGAAGCUAAAAUUAAUGUGUAACGCUGAUUAACGUUUCUCAAAGAAUAUAAACAAUACCAAUCUGAUUAUGUAUUCAUGUCAGACUUUAAUACUCUGACACUCAUAGUUUAAUAGCAUAUUAACAUGUUGGGAUAAACUUAACACAUUGUCCUAUAAAGAUAUUUUAUUACUUGACCUGCUAAUGUUUUUGGUAUUUGUAUAAAUCAUGUGCUAGGGUUACUGGUGAAGGUCUAUAUAUAUUCUCAUACUGCCAACAUUUCUCCAUCUCAAAACAGUAUGCACACAUUUUUCACAGAGAUGAAAUUGCACACAAGGUUUGCUGUCUUAGUAGUAUAUAUAAAACGAAUAUGUCCCAUUACGUUUCACUAGUUUUCAGUAUAUAACCCAGUUCUUCCCAGCUCCAAACCCUCCAUCCCAGACCCCAGUCUAAGGUUGUCUCUAGUCUCAUGGAACCAGACGAGUGUGGCUGAAUAUUGCAUUAUAUUCCUCUGGUCUACCUGUUAAAGUCUGGCAAGCAGAAUGAUGGUAUCUCAUACACAGGCCAGUAGCAGACACACCAGCAGUCUGUAACACCAGGCAUUAGACAAUGCUGCCAGUCAGUCAGCUCCUCAGACUAUACUUAGCUGGCAUUGUGACUAUAGUCUUUCCACAUUCUGCUUCCCACUCCACCCAACUCAGUAUCUCACCAAUCCAGAAGCCUUUCAUUCUGCAGUCUCACUCAUAUCUCUCACAACUGAUCCACUCUGAGCUGUAACUAUGGAGUUAUAGAGGGUGUGAACUGAUCUGGACUCGAGGACUCUUUCCAGGACAGGAAGUGUGUGGUUGUUACCAUAGAGAUAUGGUUGUUACUCUACCAGACCUCCAAACUAGAACCCUUUGGACUUCCGGAGCCAGAGAAGACUGACUGGUGUCAUGUGACUUGAGCCUCACUGACUGAGAGAACAGGUACAGUAGGGGAGGUGCACUGUGAACGGCUACAGACUAUGAGAUUUGAACUUAACAGAAGAGAGACAUCCUUCCUGAUGAGAGCUGGAAUAGUACAGACCACAGCAACACACACAGCACUGCCUGUGCUGACAUCACAUGUGAAACUGACAGUUGUGAUUGGUGACUAGCUGAUGGAACAGCAUAACACAGAUGGACAGAUGGAUUGACGACUAGAGGGGAGUGGGGGCUGAUAUAUGUAAAUGACCAUUUUCAUGUGUAAGUGAGGUGAGCGGUGUGAUUUUCUACCAGUGAUGGAUAGCGGAGCUGGGUCUGAGUCAGUGACCCAGAUGCAGAAAGGAGGUUCAUGUACAUGUCCAAUACACUACCAGCUGCACUUUAAAGGCUGUUUCUGGCCGCACGCCCCAAUGCCUGCACUAGAAUACUAGAGUCGUGGCCAGUCUUGGGGCGUAGUUACAGUACUUGUAGUUUAACAACUAAUUAACAACACUUUCAGAGUAGCUCCCACAACACUGGUAUGUAUCAUGUUACUAUACGAGUAUCAGGUUAGUAUGCUAGUCUGGAUGUUGGAGCGUACAGACAGUCUGUAUCCCCUUGGUGUUAGUACCGAUAGCAGUCCAACAUGGCAUUGCUGGUCAAAAUAGAUGUAGUUCUAAACAGAAAAACAGGUCGGUGUCUUGUGAUUUAUCUACUUCAAGAUGAUCAUUUAUUCAUGAUUCAUAUCAGUGGCUUGUUGUUCAAAUAGAACUGCCUCAAUGUUCUCAAGGAGGAAAAUUCAGCUUUGGAAAACCUCUGUCUGCAUGAUGAGGAAAGGCAGAGUACACCAAAUGCUUUCUGCCAGUGUUAUAUAGAUACCCAACAGACCUGAUGGUUAAAACAUCCCAAUCACAAAGAACCUAACACUCAUGAGAAGAGGAGCACUAACAACUGUAUACAAAGCCUUUUAGUUGGUCAGUAACCUUUCAUCUACAUUACUCUGCCUUACUGAGUGUAGUUCUGCAUAAUGUGUCAGGCUUAAUCAAGAUGAUCAAAUAAUCCUUGUUUACUGAUUGAAUGAGUGUGAAUGGUGAUGCCAUAUGAAUACAGUAUGUGUCUCGAUUGACCUUUUUCGAUAUACAAAUAUGGGUUUAGUUGGGCUACAGUGUAUAUAUUUCCUGUAUACUACUUAGAAUCUCCUUGUCGCUGAUGUGUACAUAUUUUAAGGAUUUUAUUUUUAUUUUGUUGACUAAUAUAUGGAAUUUCUUUGUUACAGUUGGGGUCUCUUCUUUUUGUUCCUCUGUAGAAAGUUUGCUACCUGACCUUGGUGCCAUUGUAAUUCAUUGUGUCGUCUAUUUUUGUAGUUUGAAUAAAGUUAAUCUUUCCAAAUAAAGCAAGGAAGAAUGUU